AGUCUGUCAAAUGUCGUUGCAUCGGCGGGCCGCCGCUGCUCCGAAUGUCGAGCAACUCGCGUCAAGCCAAUUAUCAAAAACAACAAACUUUAGAAUAACAGUAAUAGCAGAGAAACGUCUUGUAUCAGGGUGAUUUCCCGAGUGAUAGGCUCAGAAGAUGCCGGCCUUCUCCAAGGCCGGUUUCGGCGAGCACAUUGAGGAGUAUCAGGUACUUAAUCUUCUGGGCAAGGGCGGCUUCGCCAGCGUUUACAGAGCGAAAUGCCUCCGCACGCGCAUGGAAGUUGCCAUCAAAAUGAUCGACAAAAAACUGAUGCAGGCUGCAGGGAUGGUGGGUAGAGUGAGGCAAGAGGUGACCAUUCACUCUCGCCUCAAGCAUCCUACUAUUUUGGAGCUGUAUACUUUUUUUGAGGAUUCAAAUUACGUAUAUUUGGUUUUGGAGCUCUGUCAUAAUGGAGAGCUGCAACGGUAUCUCAAAGAACAUGGCGCUAAGGGCCUUCCCGAACAAGAUGCUGGACGCAUCAUUCAGCAAGUGGUUCAAGGUUUACUCUACCUUCACUCGCAUCAAAUUCUUCACAGAGAUAUGUCUCUGUCAAAUUUACUACUGACUCGUGACAUGCAAGUUAAAAUUGCCGACUUUGGACUUGCAACCCAAUUGUCGCGUCCAGAUGAAAAACAUAUGACUAUGUGCGGAACUCCCAACUUCAUCUCCCCAGAAGUCGCCACCAGAUCUUCCCAUGGCUUAGAAGUGGAUGUAUGGAGUUUAGGCUGCAUGCUCUAUACCCUCCUGGUCGGCAAGCCACCCUUUGACACAGAUGCAGUAAAAAGCACUUUGACGCGCGUGGUGAUGGCCGACUACGUGAUGCCCUCGCACUUGUCGGAUAACGCUAAGGAUCUUAUUGAAAAGCUUCUCAAGAAGAAUCCAAAAGAUAGGAUACGACUGCGCGACAUCAUUAAGCAUCCGUUCAUCACUUCGCUAGAGAAGCAUCGACAAAAUGAAAAGAUUGGCUUGGCGCGAUUCUCGAGCGACAACGUGGAUUCGGGUCUUGGCCGUACGCUGUCUUCUUGUGGUCGUCCAAGGGAUCAUGGUCUUCGAUCGCGUUCACUAGAACGGCCGAAUAAUACUCAAAUGCACUAUAAUGGAUUUGGAACGGCUGUCAGCGCCAGAAGCGAACCGCUUAUCGAACCCUCUACUAGUAUUCGUGGCUCUUAUCACCUUGGAUACUCGGGUCAUGAGCAACGGGACAAAGACGACUCGGUAUUGAUGGGUAUCCCUCUUCCGCCACCACCACGAAAUGGUUUCAGACAGUCCCAGUGUGAAACCUCACCCGUUAGUAGCAGACACCAGCGAAAUGACGAGGCCCAGGAAGAAGCAGCCGCGGUGAGAGGACGCAGUGGUCAUCGCCAUAAAGAGGACAACGACGAGACAGAGGAAGCUGCUUCCGCAAAGCUGAGUGUACCGCCUCUCUCUUCAGUGCGGCUUCAACCCACUCGGCAUCGGACGAAAAGUGCUAUUCUCACUAUUCUGAGCAACGGCGAAGUUUGCAUCGAGUUCAUCAAGAAAAAGAAUAACAUAGAAAGGAUAGGGGAAGUCUGUCGAAUAUCAAGCGACGGCCUACGUAUAAUUCUGUACAAACCAACAGACGUUCUCAAGGCCAGUAGUCAACCGCCGCCUCUUCCACCUCGUGGAGCUGACAGCAUCCAUUCGUACGAGAGCUUGCCAGCGAAGCAUCACCGUAAAUAUCUCUACGCUGCGCGUUUCGUCAGUCUCGUUCGAGCAAAAACCCCCAAAAUCACUCUCUACACGGCGAAAGCCAAAUGUCUAUUCAUGGAGAACGGGCCGCAGCCCGACUGCGAGAUGCUCUUCUACGAUGGUGUCAAAGUGCUGCGGGCCGAUGGUGCGAUCAAAACGAUAGAAAAGUCCGGUCAAACUUAUCUGGAGACCGAGGUACCGCAACAGCUCGAAGAGUACUACGACCACUACACGGAUUGCUACAAGCGUUGUAUGCUGUUAGAGUCAUCGUUAACCUCACUCGAAGCCGCGACAGGGCAUUCUUACUUCCCAGCGAUCAUCGGACGCAAACCUGUUGUGCCGCUCAACGACUCAGCCACGCUAUUGCAGGGCAAAGAAAAUAUCUCGCGCAACCCUAUCAGUCCGCCAGUGAUGCCUUCGUUCGAUGCCACCUGUUCUAUGGUCUCGACCGUGAAUUCGCGUUCGAGAAGGUCCAACUCCGUUAGACUUCAUCAAUCCAAAGCAAUAAAAGUCAAUGUUCCUGGCGUCGGUACGGCUAUACAGAUGCCUUCCGGCGAUAUUCGCGUUGAUUACAAGGACGGUUCAGUCCUCACCGUAACUCCUCAGAAUUACGGUGGAGGGAUGUUGUACGAGAGUCCGAGUGGCAGUGUUCUUCGGUUCAACCAGCAGCAGCACCAGAGCAACGAGAUCCCGUCGAUUGUCAGGGAAAAGCUCUGCCACUUACCUAAUAUAGUUAAGCUCCUAGUGCAGCCGUCGCACAAGAACAUACGAUAGAGUUAGAUUAGUUUUAUAUAAAGGAGAUAGAUAAGUAUGUAAUUUUGUAAGAUAUACACGCAUAGACGCAAGAAGCUCCGGAGAUCUUGCAAUCCUGUAUUUUUACUAUCAUAUACUAUAUUUAUAUAACGAUUCAUACAUCCUUAAGGAGAUAUUGAUAUAAGCAUAUUAUUAUAUAUAGAUACUUUAUUUUUGCUAGCAGCAUACGUUAAGCACAAUAAAGACGUACGCAAUGUACAACUUUCC